AUGUUGUCCGUUCGCUCCAGUGUCGACAGCAUCUACAGCCGGCUUAGCGGCGAGAAGCCUCUUCCGAAGCCGGCCUACCACUGCAACAUGAACCCACAAGAGCAAUCACUCUGGGCCAUCAUCGGCGAAGAAAAAUAUGAAUACACCCGCGACAAGAAGGGCAGGGUACAUAAGCGCCGCCUCAACUAUGUCCAACGCGCCCAGAAGCAGCGUCAAUUCUUUGAGUCUCGCGUCGGCCAUGCCAUCGUCGGCGAUGAGUGGAUGAGGAUGAAGCUUCCUUCCCGCAAGUGCUAG